CAAACACGAUGAAGAAAAGUGAUUGCAAAAUGGGAGAUGAGGUUGAAAUGUUACGAGAGACUCGAUUUGUCGGUGGAAGCACUUACGAAGGGUCGUGGGAUGCGAUUGAUAAAACCGGCGUCGGCAGAUAUGUCACACCUUACAAAGUUGUAUUAGAGGGAGAAUAUCGGAAUGGCAUGCUUCAUGGCUGCGGAAGUAUGUAUUGGCCACGUGGACAGGUAAUAGAUAGUACCUGGAAUCAUGGAAAAAUGGAACAGCAAAAGCGUUAUACGUUCGCGGACGGUUUAUCAUAUCGAGAAAAUGAAUGGGAUUAUUGUACAUUUCCUGAUAGGCGAUUUUACAAUUGCAUAGUAAACGGAUUGAGACCAGCCGGAAAAGUAUUGAAAACUAAUGACCAACCAACUAAAAUUAUUCCUCUGUUCUGCUACGAUACCGGUGCCGGUAUAUUCGAUCCAUACAAGAAUUGCAUAAAAUCAUAUCGUAACUGCAAAAAAAUACUCAACAUUCCAAAGACUAUAGAAAGUAAAUGGAUCAAACAAAAUUGCCGAAAAGGCUGGUCAGAACCGACAGGUCAUCGAGAAUGGUUACGCGAAUAUUGGCAAUCGGGAGCGGCGGAUUUUGCAACGUUACCGCACAUCUCGUCGGAUGAAACAGAAAAUUGGUGGCAAAGACUGACGAAAUUUGCCAGACAUACGCCUGCAGACAUGAAGUGGAUGAAACACAACUGUGUUAAAGAAUGUCAGCUAAACUAUUAAACAAUAUAGGGGAGAAAUGUAAAUAUUAAGACUUGAAGCAAUUAAAAGCUAAUAAUCGUAAAAUAAGAAAAUAACAUGAAAUUUUAUAAACUUUAUAUAGGUGAUAACAUAUGCAUACAUAUGUAUUUGUCAUAUAUAUAUGAUAAAAUUAUAAAAUUUAUAUUU